GCCAUUGAAGAUAUCGACGAAAUUUAUGAAUGGAAAUCUUAUAUUUAAAUGGAGCAAUAUUUCAACAAACCGCAAUGAUAUAAUCAUCACUAAUGAUUCUCAAUCCAGUUCCUGGAUACAGGUUUAUGACGACCAAUACACAGUGGAAGAUGCCAUGCAAUAUAAGUCAUUGGCGAUUAAGGUACGGGAAUAUAGGGACACGGACUUUAGAAAAGGUCACGAUGACUACGUAAAGACUUACAACGUCACAACAGUUAUAUCUAAUGAAGGUAAUUCCAAAAACAUUUCAUGGACAGCUGGAUAUUUUCCAAUGAGUGGAUUUUACUACAUUUUUCAUGAAUAUAAUGGUUCAGUCUCACGAAUUAUAGAGAUAGCUAAUGCCAAUCCACAACCCAAUAAAAAGUAUGCAUACCAUUCCAAACCUUUCAAUUCUGUAAACAUACUCUUUGAAGUCAGAGAUAUAACGACAGGAGAUGCGGGAUAUUACGUAGGAAGUCCUACAGAGGCGGAUGCUUGGGAAGGAGAACGAGGAGUUGUUCUUAUUGUUUCUGGAAAACCACAAAAACCUAUUAUAAAAGAAAAUCUAGAUGUUAAGGUGGGAGAUAACGCCUACCUGAAAUGUGAAAGUAGAUCUACGUCUGCUCCAUACUAUUACAAGAAAUUCCCACCAUUAUCGUACUUAUGGUUUGUCAACAACACCAGACUAGACAGAGAGGUUAGAGAGACAUACAGCUUUAUUGUGUCUAAGGAGGUUAAAUACAACAAAUACAGCUGUCAGGCGAUAGAGACUCUAGAAUCUGAUAAAAGUGACGAAGUUCAGAUUAACCCUUUAUAUGGUCCAGAAACCGUACUUGUAACCCCGAAACCACCCAGUGACGAACUUAGUAUUCAUGAAGGGGACACAUUUGGUCCAUACACCUGUUCAGCUGACUGUAACCCACCCUGUACCGUGCAGUGGAAACUCAGAGAUCCGUCAGGGGGUUUUAGAGACGCUACUUCCAUUGGGACGUCUUCAGUUACUGUACCAGUACAAAGAGCGAAUAGAAGUAAUAUGGCUUUGAUUCGAUGUGUAGUAAACGGUACCAAAGGCAAAGAAACAUCAGCCAUCAAGCUGAACAUUCAGUAUUUAUCGGAUCCAAAGGUAUAUAUUAAUGGCAAUCUUAAAAAUUCACUUACCGUUGAUGAAGGAUAUCCUCUACUUUUGGCAUGUAACAUGGAGGGAAAUCCAGUUCCAGUUACUAUCCUAAAAGAACUUACUGGUAACGAGAUCUUGGAACAACGUAGUAGCUGGAUAAACCACACACUGAGAAGGGAAGCAGUGUGCUCUGACACAAACACAUACAUCUGCGAGGGAAGCUCUUCAGAGUUUGAAAGAAAAUAUCAAUCAUUCAAUAUCAAUGUUCUUUGCGACCUUCGCCUUGAUAUGUCAGCUGUAGUAAAAACCAAUUAUGGUUCCAUGAGUGGCUCAGAUGUGAAUGUUCCUGUUACUGUGCCAGUGAUAGCAAACCCCCCGAUUACUCCGUCAGGGAUCACGUGGUCAGGUCCUUCAGCAGAAUCUAUAUUGACGAAUGUAGAUUUACAAAGGGAUACUUUUAUAUACAAACAAAUGAUUGUAAGCAGCAUUCCCAUUCCUGACCAGAGAGCCUUCGGAAACUACUCACUGAUGUACAAAGGAAAGACGAUCAUCGAUAUAACAAUAAAUGCCGAAGGUUGUACUUCUGAAGUUUUUUCUAGUAAUUAA